UUAUUAGAUAUCGUACUUAUUAACUUUAUUCGGUUUGGUGCGUCUUUCUUGCUUUACUCAACUCCCUAUAAGAUUCUUUUUUAAAGCUAAACCAUGUCCUCUGGAGGUGACUCUGGAGAGAAGAAAAGACCUAUUGUUCCCCUUUUAUCGUUGGAUUCUAAAACUUCGGAUAAAAGAAUUUCUUCUCCUAUUUUGAAUACUACUGAGUCCGUUGAAGUAAAGAAUGAGCAAUUAGCUAAUAAAGCUUUUAAGCGUGUUUCACGAGCUUUAUACAAAGACACUAUUCCCUCCUUGAAACAUAUAUUGGCCGGUUAUUCGAGACAAGAUCCCUUGAGUAGCGCUCAUCUUAUAUUUAUUUUAUCUUUUAUAUUACUUGACGCAUUCUUCAUACAAGUUUUUUUUAGCUAUGAGCAAAUUUUGAUUUUAGUUGAUCAGUUUAGGCGACAUGCCUUAGAGCUCGGCGUUACUAUUGGCUGCUUGUUUUUUCUGCAAGUUGCUUAUCGUAUUCGUCGUCCGAGGACAGUUUAUUUGAUUGAUUUCCAAACCUUUAAGCCUAGUGAAGAGCUUGCAGUUAGCCACAAGACAUUUGUAGACUUAGCGAAAAAUAUAAAAGUUUUUGAUGAAGAGUCCCUCAAAUUUCAAGAGCGUUUACUAAGUCGUAAUGGUGUCGGAGAGAAUACUUAUUUGCCUCCCGCCAUCAUGACUUACAAAGAAGACAAAGAAAACUUACCAAAAACUUCAGAACUUUUAAACAUGAAGAGCUCGAGAGAAGAAGCAGAAUUGGUUAUGUUUACUUGCAUUCAUGAUUUGCUAAAUAAAACGAAAUGCCCAGCAAAAAAUAUUGAUAUUCUUAUAGUGAACUGCAGUCUGUUUAAUCCUACUCCCUCCCUUUCCUCGAUGGUUGUUAAUAAGUUUAAAAUGAGAAACGAUAUUCGUAGUUACAAUCUUUCCGGAAUGGGUUGCUCAGCCGGUUUGAUCUCCAUUGAUCUCGCAAAGGAUUUGCUUCAAGUUCAUAGAAACACCACCUGCCUCGUGUUCUCUACAGAAAAUAUAACCCAAAACUGGUACUUAGGAAAAGAGAAGUCGAUGCUGCUGGCUAAUACGCUCUUUCGGUUGGGCGGUGCAGCAGUUCUUCUCAGCAACAAAAGAAAGGAAUCUUCUCGAUCGAAGUAUGUACUCCUCCACACCGUCCGGACCCAUCGCGGCGCUGACGACCCGGCGUAUUAUAGUAUUUAUCAGACUGAAGACAAUGAAAGGAAUGCUGGGGUUCGGCUCUCCAAGUCGAUCAUGGACGUCUCCGGAUCGGCCUUGAGGCAGAAUAUCUCCACCCUUGGACCACUCAUCCUCCCCUUUAACGAACAGUUCAAGUUUUUUAUCAACUUCUUCCAGCGCACGUGGUUGAAGAAGCGUGUGAAGCCGUACAUGCCGAACUUCCGCUCGGCCGUGCAGCAUUUCUGCAUACACACCGGAGGGAGGGCAGUUAUCGACACCUUAGAGGAAGUUUUAAAGCUAACAGAGUACGACUGCGAACCAAGCCGCUAUGCAUUGGAUCGAUUCGGAAACACGUCGUCUGCUUCUAUAUGGUACGAACUGGAGUUUAUUGAAACGGCGGGCCGAGUGAAGAGGCACGACCGAGUGUGGCAGAUAGCCUUCGGUUCGGGCUUCAAAUGCAACUCCGCCGUCUGGAAGGCCAUUCGGGAUAUCCCUCAAAAUCCUUCGUGA